GGAAAUUAGUGUCAAAACUCUUUAUUUUGAAUGACAAUUAGUGCGAGUUUAAUAUUCUGUAUGUCGUGCUCAUUUCUCUCUAGAGUCUUUGAUUUUUAACGCAGGGUCAAGUUCGCCAGGAGCGACCAAAGUUCUUGGAAUUUUUCAAGGUUUUCUUUCUUUUCUUUUCCCGUAAUUAUUUUUAUGCAAGAGUUUCAUUUGAAUAUUGAAUAAAAUUAUCAACCAUUUUAAGUCCUUGAGCAAGAUGGUCAGACAAUUAUUCAAAGACUAAUUCAGGGUAGCAUCCUUUGUUACAUUCCCAAAUUUACGUUUAACUUUUGAUUAACAAAAACAAAAGAUUUCAGCUUCAAAAAUGAAUAUAACCAAGAUGGGCUAGUAAUGGAUGUUAUAAUAAAAUAAUUCAUGUCUAGAGCUGUCUUUAUGCCAUAUAAGUCCAUGAUUGAAACAAUGAAACAUAAUGAAAUGGCAGUCUCUAUGAUUAAUGAUUUGGAAUCUCAUUCCAUAAAUUUACAUAAUCAGUGAACAACAUAUAUACGCUAAGAAAAAAAUACUUUUAGCAAAUGUACGUAUCUAGAACGUACAGGACUUUCUAACUUACGGUAAACGCGUUGCAGGUGAUAACUUUGUCGUCUCAUACCAAUAGGCAACGACGACACUUCGUCCACAAUCAUCUCUCCCUCUCUCUCUAUCUAUCUUCUUCUCCUUCGUCAUCAUCAUUUCAUAUUCUCUGUAAAUUAGUCAUAGAACCCGAAACUGGGCAUCAUCAAUUUUGAAUCUUUCAAACAAAUUCGAUCUCAGUCUCCGUUCAAUUUCAACUCGGAGGCGAGACCUCCGCUCAACACCAAUGCCAAGCGUAGCUGUGAAACUCUACAGUGUCUUCUUCAAGCUCCUCCUCAAACACCGUCUCCAGAGCCUCAUCUCAAUCUCACCGGAUCAUGCCCCACCCGACUCCUUCGGCGUCUCGACCCGAUCCGACGAAUCCGUCGCCGCCGCGAACCCUUCCUUCGCCGACGGGGUCGCGACCAAAGACAUCCACAUCGAUCCGAUGACCUCGCUCACGGUCCGCAUCUUCCUCCCCGAAUCGGCUCUCUCCCCAACCGAGCCCAGAUCCGAUCGGAGACACAGCCUCACCCCUCUCAAUCACUCCUCUCCGGCGCCGGAGACUCGAAGAAACAGCUACGGAUCCGAGAAUCUGGAGCCGUACGGAGGAUACGCGCCGUCUCCGAAGAGGAGCUCGCGGAAACUGCCGGUGAUGCUGCAGUUUCACGGCGGAGGGUGGGUGAGCGGGGGUUCGGACUCGGCGGCGAACGACUUCUUUUGCCGGAGGAUCGCGAAAGUGUGCGAUGUGAUUGUGUUGGCGGUUGGGUAUAGGCUUGCUCCCGAGAAUAGGUAUCCUGCGGCGUUUGAGGAUGGGGUCAAGGUGCUGCAUUGGCUUGGGAAGCAGGCUAACUUGGCUGAUUGUUGUAAGUCUUUGGGGAAUAAUAAUAGACGUGUGAAUGGCGUUGAGUUGAAGAAAGUGAAUGUUCAGGGGCAUAUUGUUGAUGCUUUUGGUGCUUCUAUGGUUGAGCCUUGGCUCGCUGCUCACGCCGAUCCUUCCAGAUGUGUUCUUCUGGGGGUGAGCUGUGGUGGGAACAUAGCAGACUACGUAGCUCGGAAAGCAGUGGAAGCUGGGAAACUUCUAGAUCCCGUUAAAGUCGUUGCACAGGUUCUAAUGUACCCAUUUUUCAUCGGAAACAACCCAACACAAUCCGAAAUAAAGCUGGCAAACUCCUACUUCUACGAUAAGCCCGUCUCCGUCCUCGCCUGGAAACUCUUCUUACCAGAGAAAGAGUUCGACUUUGACCACCCGGCAGCAAACCCACUAGCCCAUAACCGCAGCGGACCGCCUCUGAAGCUAAUGCCUCCAACUCUCACAGUAGUGGCUGAGCACGACUGGAUGAGAGAUCGAGCCAUUGCUUACGCAGAGGAGCUUAGGAAGGUAAACGUAGAUUCACCAGUUUUAGAAUACAAAGACGCGGUUCAUGAGUUUGCAACGCUAGAUAUGCUUCUCAAGACUCCUCAGGCGCAGGCCUGCGCCGAAGAUAUUGCUAUAUGGGUCAAGAAAUAUAUUUCUCUCCGAGGCCAUGAGUUCUCUUACUGAGAUUAUAUAUCCUGUUAUUAUAUUAUCAUUCAUUCUCUUCCUUUUUUUGUAUGUAGAAAGAUUUUGUGAAUAGGAUUACGGACGACUUAAGAUUAUGAGUCUUCUUUUGCAAAAUAUCAUCAAUUUUUUUAUUUCUUGGGGGUGUUCUAUGAUGUAGUCAUUAUGUACGUAUUCUGAAUAAACCAUUUUUGUUCUUGA